GUACGGCUCUGAGGGUGGAGGUUUCUCCAAUCCAGGAUCGUCUGCUGAUACCUUCUAUAUAAGAGAAUUCUCCUGGAUGACCCAUCAACCAUGGAGAGAGACAGGAACAAGAUGGCCGACAGGAUCAUAAACCUCACCCUACAGAUACUCUUCCGGCUUACUGGAGAGGAUUACACAGUAGUGAAGAAGUCCUCUAGUGGGCGCUGUCGGGCCCCUGUGUGUGAAGGAUGGGGAAGAACCCGGAGCCCAUUCCCGGGGCCCCCACCUCACUCCCUGAUACAUGAGGAAAUGGAUGAACAGAAGAUCCUAGAACUGAUCAACAAGAUGAUGGAGCUGCUGACUGGAGAGGUUCCUAUAAGGUGUCAGGACGUGGCGGUCUAUUUCUCCAUGGAGGAGUGGGAGUAUGUAGAAGGACACAAGGAUCAGUACAAGGAUCAGGUCAUGAUGGAGGAUCAGCAGCCCCUCACAUCAGCAGUCAGAUCCAGUAAGAGAAAAGCACCAGAGAGGUGUCCCCAUUCUCUUGAGAAGCAGUAUAAGGAAGACAUUCCUACAGGGAAAGAUCUGAUCUAUAUUAAUGCUACAGACAUGAAGGAAGAAGAAGAGACAGAUAUGAGUGGUGAUGAGCAGUAUAAGGAAGACAUUCCUACGGAGAAAGAUCUGAUCUAUAUUAAUGCUACAGACAUAAAGGAAGAAGAAGAGACAGAUGUGAGCAGUGAUGAGCAGUAUAAGGAGGACAUUUCUACAGGGAAAGCUGUGAUCUAUAUUAGUGCUACAGACAUAAAGGAGGAAGAAGAGACAGAUGUGAGCGGUGAUGAGCAGUAUAAGGAGCACAUUCCUUCAGGGAAAGAUCUGAUCUAUAUUAAUGCUACAGACAUAAAGGAAGAAGAAGAGACAGAUGUGAGCAGUGAUGAGCAGUAUAUGAAGGAAAUUCCUACAGGGAAAGAUCUGAUGUAUAUUGUUGCAACAGACAUAGAGGAAGAAGAAGAGACAGAUGUGAGCAGCGAUGAGCAGUAUAAGGAGGACUUUCCUUCAGGCAACCGCCCAGAUGACUGUACCAGGAGAUCAGAGGAGAAUCUUAUAUCUUCAGAUUAUAAAGCAGAUGAUGAUAUCACACAAGAUACAUAUGAAGAACAUUCCAUUAUCCCAGAUACACCCUCAGCCCUUCACAGCCAAGAUCUCUCAUCUGAUCCUGUUAUACAAGUCCGACCUAAAGAUUCAUCUCAGUCUGUUAAACAAAAUAACGAGAAGAUAUUUUCAUGUCAAGAAUGUGGAAAAUGUUUUAUUCGGAAAUCAAAUCUUAUCUUACAUCAAAGAACUCACACCGGAGAGAAGCCAUUUUCAUGUGCAGAAUGUGGGAGAUGUUUUACUCACAAAUCAGAUCUUGUUAAACAUCAAAGAAUUCACACAGGAGAGAAGCCAUUUUCAUGUUCAGAAUGUGGAAAAUGUUUUAGUCGGAAAUCAGAUCUCGUUAAACAUCAAAGAAUUCACACAGGAGAGAAGCCGUUUUCGUGUUCAGAAUGUGGGAAAGGUUUUACUGACAAAUCAGAUUUUAUUAAACAUCAAAGAACUCACACAGGUGAGAGGCCAUUUUCAUGCUUAGAGUGUGGAAAAUGUUUUACUCAGAAAUCAUAUCUUGUUCAACAUCAAAAAAAUCACACAGGAGAUAAUCUAUUUCCAUGUUCAGAAUGUGGAAAAUGUUUUACUCUGAAAUCAGUACUUAUCAGACAUCAAAGAACUCACACAGGAGAGAAGCCAUUUUUAUGUGCAGAAUGUGGAAAACGAUUUACUGACCAAUCAGAUUUUGUUAAACAUAAAAGAACUCACAUAGGUGAGAAGCCAUUUUCAUGUUCAGAAUGUGGGAAAUGUUUUACUCAGAAAUCUGUUCUUGUCAAACAUCAAAUUAGACACACAGGAGAGAAGCUGUUUUCAUGCUCAGAAUGUGGGAAAGGUUUUACUAACCAAUUAACUCUUUUCGAACACCAAAGGACUCACACAGUAGAGAAGCCAUUUUCAUGUUCAGAAUGUGGAAAACAUUUUACUCAGAAAUCAGUACUUAUCAGACAUUCGAGAACUCACACAGGAGAGAAGCCAUUUUCAUGUUUAGAAUGUGGAAAAUAUUUUACUCAGAAAUCAAUACUUAUCAGACAUUUAAGAAUUCACACAGGAGAGAAGCCAUUUUCAUGUUCAGAAUGUGGAAAAUAUUUUACUCAGAAAUCACAUCUUGUUAAACAUCACAUAACUCACACAGGAGAGAAGCCAUUUUCGUGUUCAGAAUGUGGAAAAUGUUAUACUGAGAAAUUAUCACUUUUCAGACAUAGAAGAAUUCACACAGAAGAGAAGACAAUUCAGACCAAAGCCAAGAUGCCCGGGGUUUGCAGCAAGGGUGAAGAUAUGAACAAUAUAAAUGCUCCAGAGACAGAUAUGAGUGGUGUUGAGCAGUAUAAGGAGGACAUUCAUGCAGCGGAAGAUCUGAUCUAUGUUAACACUACAGACAUAAAGGAAGAAGAAGAGACAGAUGUGAGCGGUGAUAAGCAGUAUAAGAAGGGCAUUACUAUAGGGAAAGAUCUGAGCUAUAUUAAUGCUACAGACACAAAGGAAGAAAAAGAAGAAGAAGAGACAGAUGUGAGCGGUGAUGAGCAGUAUAAGGAGGACAUUCCUGCAGGGAAAGAUCUGAUCUAUAUUAAUGCUACAGACAUAAAGGAAGAAGAAGAGACAGAUGUGAGCGGUGAUAAGCAGUAUAAGAAGGGCAUUCCUACAGGGAAAGAUCUGAACUAUAUUAAUGCUACAGACACAAAGGAAGAAGAAGAAGAGACAUAUGUGAUGGGUGAUGAGCAGUAUAAGGAGGACAUUCCUUCAAGGAAAGAUCUGAUCUAUAUUAAUGCUACAGACAUAAAGAAAGAAGAAGAAGAGACAGAUAUGAGGGGUGAUGAGCAGUAUAAGGAGGACAUUCCUACAGGGAAAGAUCUGAUCUAUAUUAAUACUACAGACAUAAUAGUAAAAGAAGACAAGACAGAUGUGAGCGGUGAUGAGCAGUAUCAGGAGGACAUUCCUACAAGGAAUGAUUUGAUCUAUAUUAAUGCUAUAGACAUAAUAGUAAAAGAAGAAGAAGAGACAGAUGUGAGCGGUGAUGAGCAGUAUAAGGAGGACAUUCCUACAGGUAAUCGCCCAGAUGACUGCACCAGGAAAUCAGAGGAGAAUCUUAUAUCUUCAGAUUAUAAAGCAGAUGAUGAUAUCACACAAGAUACAUAUGAAGAACAUUCCAUUAUCCCAUGGCAAAAUAAGGAGAAGCUAUUUUCAUGUUCAGAAUGUGGAAAAUGUUUUACUGAGAAAUCAUCUCUUGUGAAUCAUCAAAGUACUCACACAGAAGAGAAGCCAUUUUCAUGUUCAGAAUGUGGGAGAUGUUUUACUGAGAAAUCAUCUCUUGUGAAUCAUCAAAGAACUCACACAGGGGAGAGGCCAUUUUCGUGUUUAGAAUGUGGGAGAUGUUUUACUCACAAAUCAGAUCUUGUCAAACAUCAAAGAUUUCACACAGGGGCGAAGCAGUUUUCUUGUUCAGAAUGUGGAAAACAUUUUACUCAGAAACAAUAUCUUGUUACACAUCAAAGAACUCACACAGGAGAGAAGCCAUUUUCAUGUUCAGAAUGUGGAAAAUGUUUUACUAAGAAAUCAUCUCUUGUUACACAUCAAAAAAUUCACACAGGGGAGAAGCCAUUUUCAUGUCCAGAAUGUGGAAAAUGUUUUUCUGAGAAAUCAUCUCUUGUUACACAUCAAAAAACUCACACAGGAGAGAAGCCAUUUUCAUGUUCAGAAUGUGGAAAAUGUUUUGUUAAGAAAUCAUCUGUUGUUGAACAUCAAAAAAUUCACACAGGGGAGAAGCCAUUUUCAUGUCCUGAAUGUGGGAGAUGUUUUACUUUGAAAUCAUCCCUUGUUACACAUCUAAGAACUCACACAGGAGAGAAGCCAUUUUCCUGUGCAGAAUGUGGGAGCUAUUUUACUCUGAAAUCAUCUCUUGUUAAACAUCAAAGAAUUCACACAGGAGAGAAGCCAUUUUCAUGUUCAGAAUGUGGGAAAUGUUUUUCUCAGAAAUCACACCUUGUUAUACAUCAAAAAAACCACACAAGAGAGAAGCAAUUUUCAUGUGAAAAAUGUGGAAAAUGUUAUACUCAGCAAUCAUCUCUUAUCAAACAUCAAAUUAGUCACACAAAGGAAAAGCCAUUUUCAUGUGAAAAAUGUGGAAAAUGUUUUACUCUAAAUGUAAUUCUUGUUGAACAUGAAAGAACUCACACAGAAGAGCCAUUUUCAUGUUCAGAAUGUGGGAAAUGUUUUGCCCAGAAAUCGCAUCUUGUUAAACAUAAAAAAAAUCACACAAGAGAAAAGCCAUUUUCCUGUUCACAAUGUAAGAAAUGUUUUAUAUAUGAAUCACAUCUUGUAGCACAUCAAGUAAUUCACACAAGAGAGAAGCAGCCAUUUCCAUGUUUAGAAUGUGGAAGAAUUUUUACUCACAAAUCAGGUCUUGAUAAACAUCAAAUACAUCACACAGGAGAGAAGCCAUUUUCAUGUGCAGAAUGUGGGAAAUGUUUCACUGAGAAAUCAAUACUUAUGAGACAUAUGAGAGUUCACACAGGAGAGAGACCAUUUCCAUGUGCAGAAUGUGGGAAAUGUUUUACUGAUAAAUCAAUACUUAUGAGACAUCUAAGAAUUCACACAGGAGAAAGGCCAUUUUCAUGUUCAGAAUGUGGAAUGAAUUUUACUCAGAAACCACAUCUUGUUAAACAUCAAAUAACUCACACAGGCAUGAAGCCAUUUACAUGUUCAGAAUGUGGGAAAUGUUUUACUGAGAAAUCAAAUCUUAUCAAACAUCUAAGAAUUCACACAGGAGAGAAGACAAUUACGAGCAAUAAAUGAUGCAGAUAACAAAUCUAUAUAUUAACCAUGUACAUAGGAUAUCUGACAUUUAUACAUAUAUCAUAUACUGCAUCUCCAAACUUGUUCCCAAUUGUUAAUAAAAGUUUUCUUUUAGAACGUAGUCACCGAUCCAGCGAUGUCAUCACUAUAGUUUACAUGGUAGGAAAAGAGUGUGAUAUAUGGUUGUGAUAUUCACUGCUCCUCAUGGAGAAGACCCAACAGGCAUAAUCCAUGGGGAGCUGCUACUGGAGACCCAAACACCUCAGAGAGAAGGGACUUAUUCCAGUGAUGAAGAAUUCCAGGACAUGACCAGAUUAGAGACACAAAAUCACUUCUAUCUUCUGGCUUCUAGGACAUUCUGCAGUGACACCUUCAGAGGUAGGUGAAGGGACCUCCGUUUGCCAUCUUGGCUGAUCUUAUCCCCAGGGUUUGCCAUUAGAAAGCCACAUUGCCUCAGGUGCCGUGAUCAGUAUUGACCAUGACAUCUGAGGUGUUAAAGGCAGGUGAGAAGUGUCUGGCUCAGUGAAAGCUUUGACCAUGUCCUGCUCUGCCACGGACCUGCCUGCUCAGCAAAAUGCUGGCCAAGACAGGACACCACUGUGGACCGGCUGUGUGGGCAGGCCCUGCUCCGAUGCGUUGUCUUGGAAUUGGGAAGAAGAGACAAGCAGUGGGGGAUUGGAGGUCACCAGACUGGAAACUAUGACUGGAACAGGGUAGGUGAGUGUUGUUUGUUUAAAAAGCCCCCCACCCCCACCUUCUCCCCCAGAGGCAACAUGUUAACCCUUAAAGGACAUCGGACAUAAAUGUACCUUCUGAUGCGCUAGGGCUUAAUACACGAGGAUGUAUAUUUAUGUCCAUUGCACAGGAGCUAUGCUCCCUUCAUACACGGCAGGUCCUGGCUGCAUGACUGUUGGGAGAAAAUCAUCCAGAAUGGUGGACAAAAGUCUCCUCACCUGCCUCCACCGCUCUCCCGGGGUCUUCUCUGGUCUGCCUUCCAGCAGACCAGAGAAGUAGAUCACCAAUAAUGCUGAUCAGUGCUAUGCCUAUGUAUAAUACUGAACAGUAUUAGCAAUCUAAAGAUCUAUAUACAUGUUAAAAAAGAAGUAAAAAAAGAAAAACUUCCAAUUGCCCCUUUUUCCCAUUUUACCCAAAAAAGUUAAUAAAAAUGAAUUCCCAUAUUUGGUAUCGCUGCGUGCAUAAAUUUCCGAUGAUAUUGUAUGCUGAACGGUGUAAACAUUUUUUAAAAAGUCAAAAAUUGCUGCUUUUCUGUUACAUCACAUUCCCAAAAAUUUUAUAAAAAGGAGUCAAAUAUAUGCAAAAGUGGUACAAAAAAUAAAAUACAGAUUGCGGAGCAAAAAAUGAGCCUCAUACAGCCCCGUAUAUGGAAAAAUGAUAAAGAUAUAGGGGUCGGAAUGGGGCGAUUAUAAACAUACAAAAAAAAAGUUUAGAGUUUUUUUUUUUUUAAGCAGUAUAAUAAAAGAAAUGAGAAUCAUUUUAAUCGUAUUGACCCACAGAAUAAAAAGAACGUGUCAUGAAAAUGAAACAUUCCAAAAUUUGCAAUAUUAUGAUUUUCUUUUCAAUUUCCCCACACAAAUAAAAACAUUUUUUUUUUGUUUGGCCGUACAUUUUAUGUUUAAAAUUUGUGAUUUCAUUAAAAAGUUCAACUGGUCACACAAAAACAAUAAACCAUCCUCAAUACCUUGCUACUCAAUUUACAAAUUAAUAAUAACAUAAUACUGGUAAAUACAAAUAAAUAAUAACAAUACUGGUAAGUACAAGUAAAUAAUAAACAUAAUACUGGUAAAUACAAAUAAAUAAUAAACAUAAUACUGGUAAAUAUAAUAACCAUAAUACUGGUAAAUACAAGUAAAUAAUAAACAUAAUACUGGUAAAUACAAAUAAAUAAUAAACAUAAUACUGGUAAAUAUAAUAACCAUAAUACUGGUAAAUACAAUUAAAUUAUAACAAUAAUACUGGUAAAUACAAAUAAAUAAUAAAUAUAAUAUUGAUAAAUAUGUGAUAUCCCAGUACAGGACAUGGUCCCGCACUACACUUAGGCCCUGUCAGGUUGAGUCCCUCAGUGACCUGGGGGCUCUCCUGCAGUGUCUCCUCUGCUGUUACUAUAGUGUCAUUUAUUGUCAUGGGAUUGUAGUCAGUGUAUUCAUGUAUAGCUAGUCUAAAGGACCUGUGAGAGGUCAUAUGUUAUCACAUGAUGUUACCCAGGGGGCACCAGUUUAACACAUGACCCGCAGCUUGACCAGUGGGCUUUGGCUCAGCCCCCCUCUAUAUAAGGGGCGGUCAUUACAAUUCUCUCUCUUCCAUCACUUUACUGAGACCAGAAAACACCAGAGAUCUCAGUGCUAGUGUCCAGUACCUGGAAGGCCUCAAAUGUACAGUCAUUCCAGUAAGUCCAGUCUAUGUCUGCUGUCACUAUCUACAGUCCUGUCAAGCCUAAAGUCUAUUACAAGUAUAAUUGGUCCCAGCAAGCUGCGAGGUCCUUCUGUGUUCCUGGUCACCUCUCUGGGAUUCUGGCCUAGAUGUGAAGAUAAUAACACCUAUCUGACCUCAGUAAAGCCUCCGUUAAGCCAUAACUCGGUUGUGGACUCUCCUUUCACUGCCUAGCCAUACCGUUCAUGUGGUUCCGGUACCCAAAAACCACUCUGACAUCACAAACAGUAGGGUUUAAUAACACCUUGCCCCUGGGGUUAAUAACAUCUUGCCCCAUCCACCUACACCCCGUGGUCCCACCAUCACCGUGGGUCACCACAUUCUUGGCGUCAAAAACAGGAUACGGUGUGUGCCUUAACCACCAAGUCAAGUCACCGUUAUCAAGUUAAGGGUGUGUGCCAUAAGCAAAGUACUGCAAGUCCCCCCCCGUCCCGCCAGUCUGAACUGUGCCCAAGUGAAAAAUCACAUGCAGUUGAGAAAAAGUGUACGCCACGAGAUUGUACGGGACUGUGUUACUAAAGUGUGUUUUUUCUGUGGCGUGGAUAAAGUAGUGGGAGAGGUGAAGGAGAGACUGUUAAUUGUUAUUGCCCAGUGUGUGGAGUCAGUACCGGAAGAGGUUAAACACUCCGAUGUUUCCCACUCAUGGGAACGGUCACAGCUCCGCCCAGUCAGUCCCCAGUGGUGACGCCUCUUCAGUGUGCAAGCCGGAACUAAAGAUCCACCCCGUGUUGCAAGGGGGGGGGGGGAAGACUUUGCCAACCGGACCAAACAGGAAGUUCCCUGGGCUCAGCCAUAUUGAAGGUUCCGGCGGCUGCGUCCGGCUCAGUGGAAUCCUCCGCAACAAGUCUCCGGUAGCGGUCAAUGUUAACCCCUCAGUGCCCAAGUAAGUCCACGGGCACUUGCUGCAUAGUAGGGGGCACACUACCUGGAGGGUUCUUGCUAAUCAAAAGUUAACCCGCUGCAGUCUAUUGCCAAGCAUCUUAAAGAGACAGCGCACUCAAGUGACGGUGCACUCAAAUCCUCUUAAAGCAAUAGCGCACUCUCUUCUUAAAGCGACAGCGUACUCAAAUCUUCUUAAAGUGGACAGUACACUCAAUGAGAUCGACAACAUGUUAGCACCUAGCUUUAGAGUGGCUCGGUGAAAGUGCCCCUCCAUCACCAGCAGCGGGAACAUCUACUACACCAGCGGUAGGGGUCCUUCCGGUCCCACUUGCAGUCCAUGUCAAUCAGGUGGGUACCCCAGCAACAGCACCAGUAUUUCUGGGGAACCCUGUCCUCCCUACCUACAACGGAGACCCCUUCACCCUGAGGGAUUUCAAGGAGAAUAUUCAGAGCUUGUUUGUCUUUUACUCUCUCCCCCCUAAUCAACAGAUCCCGUUGCUCACAGGACAACUACAAGGACCAGCACUUGAGGAAGUCCGCACCUAGCCUGCCUCCGAGAAGGCGACGGUAGAACAGAUCUUCAAGGGGUUAUAUCAGGUAUUUGAGUCACACUCGCCGACGGAGGUACGCCUCCGGUUGUACGAGAGGCGACAGAAACCAGGUGAGACUUUGAGAGCUUACGCAGUAGCCUUACAAAAUGCCCUAGAGACUGUUCAAAAGCUAGACGGUAGUACCCCCGAUCAGGGUACCAAAGUAUUGAUGGACAGGAUUAUUGAUGGGGUUCAUAAUAAAUGGGACAAAGUUCAGUUGAGGAUGUUAGCGGUACAAAACCCCAAUUUGUCCUUCUCUGCUUUUAAGAGACUGGCUAUUCAGGUUAUAGAGUCCGGGACUGAGUCGGAAGAGAGUUAUGCCCCUAUGCCAGGACCCCUUGGUACGGCAGCUGGCCUCAUGCCACCGCCUCAGCAUCCAAUACCCUACCAGCCUCCACAGCCUCAGAAUUUAAGAGUGUCAAACAGGACAUUGAACAAUUGACUCAGGAUGUGAAGGUACUUGCCAGUCAGGCCGCUCAGGCCAACAGUGAGCCGCCCCUACCUAAGAGACCUGUAUCUGCUCCUGCCCCUCGUCAAGCUAACUCCCGCAGUAAUCCGCCCAUAGGCCCCCAGGGACUCAAAGGGCCUUUUGCACCUAUUGCAACAAACCUGGACAUUGGAAAGUACAAUGUUGGGGUUUAAACGGAUUUCCCCUGAGGUCGCGGACCGGCCCUCAGGAAAGCAGAUAUCGGGUCCCAACCCAGUACAAUGUAAGUCAGGACUCUCAUUAUACGUUGCCCCCUGCCCCUAUGUAAAAGUCGUUGUAGAGGGUAUCCAGUAGGAGGCGUUAAUAGAUACGGGGCGCAAGUGUCCACUAUAUCUAAAGGCAUGUUUUACAAGUAUUGUAAUGCUAAUCUGUUGU